CAAAAUAAAACCUAAUUAACCUCCAUGAACCACCCACCAUCUCCCUUCCUUCUUUCCCCCUCCUCCCUUCCCUCUCUUCUUUUCCCUUUUUAGGAGUCAGACCGGGGGCUUUCUAGAGGCCGUAUUGAAGCCCGACUUAGGUCGGACCGGGUCCAACAGGGGGCUCAAUAAGGAUUUAACAAACUUGCUCCGGUGGAAUACCGGUCGGUUGAAUCUGGUUCAAUCGGUGCAAGUCAUCAAUUCGCUGUGAACAUCAACGGUAUGAUUGACAUGAUCAAUUAAUGAACUCUAUACAAAAAGACGUUGUAAUGAAUUUAAUUAAUAAAAAUAAUUUAUUUUAGUAAAUUGUCUUAUAUAUAAUUAAAUUCAUUUUAUGUUAAUUGUUUUUCACAUUUCUACAUAUUGUGUUAUCAGUUUGAACCGACACAGACCAGUUGUCCAUCAAUCAAACAUUUCACUUGUUUAUAAAACAGGUUUGACAACCUUGCUUAAGAAUCAUUCCCAUAGGCAUGCGACAUACAGAGUACAACCCUUUUCCUCUCACUUUUAACCCCCUUCUCAGUUCUCACUCUUCAAUUUUGGGGCCAUUUAAGGAGAAUGAUUUUGUAGAGAAUGGGGCACAAAUUCAGCUAAAAGAAUGACCACGGUCCACGGCUGAACCCAACCAAAGCCCACGGGCUGAACCCAAACAAAAGGGCAUGUUUGAUCAUUUUUACAAAGUACAUGGGCAUGUUUGAUGUAAAAAAUAGUAGAAGGGCAUGUUUGAUAAAACGUCAUAGUAGAGGGGCAUAUUAUACCUAUAACCCUAUUAAUAAUUACUAUUAUAUUAAAAAGUUAAAAUUAUUUUGCACCCCCCUACUUUUUUUCCCAAACAACAAUUUACACCUCUAUUUGCACCCGCCUACAAUUUACUCCCUCCUCAAAUUUGUACCCCCUCGUUGCAAAACAUGACCACAUUUCCACAAUAGAUUCUAAUAAAAUUUUACUCGUCUCACACAUUCCACCAGUUCAGUGCCUCAAAUACCAUUCUCAUCCAGUAAAGAUCUAAUUGUGUUCCUUUGAUGCCUAGUCUUUACUGAUCUAUGAAAGGAAAAUGUGUUUGAGUCACCUUCCGUCAACCAAAUUUCCCUAGACUUUUGUCUAAAAAAUUACUCUUCAACUGCUAAUUAUUAAGCUCUUUGGAAAGGAUACUUUCAAAUCCAAUGAACUUGGAGAGGUAGAAUUUAGAGCAAUAGCUUGAGCUUGAACCAGUUCAACUUCCUUCAAUCCCAUUCUUUCUCUCAAAUCCGAAUAAACCUCAUGAUUAAGCUUCUUAAGAAACCGUUUUAAGUAUUCUAAGCUUUUGACACACUCUCGCAGAGGGGAACUAGAAACUUCAGUUUCCCAAACUUGUUUUAGCAAGUCAAGGAAGUUUGAAAGAGCAUUGACGAGUUAUUUUCACUCGUCGUGAAAAUGACACCUAUUGAUACCGUAUUGGGGCUAGCAACAAGUCUUAACUUGAGUCCUAAAGGUUAAGAAAUUGGAUGUGACGAAUACUUUCCUUCAUGGAGAUUUGGAGGAAGACAUUUGCAUGGAUGACGCUAAAGAAGUUAGUUGUGCUCUUGCUAACCACGUUAUGCUGACAUCUAAUAUGAGCCUGCCUAUAGACAAAGAGAAGGCGGAGAUGGUACUGUCUGUCCUAUGUGCUUCAGUAGUGAGGAGUUUGAUGUAUGUCAUGGUGUGUAUUAGACCAGAUAUUGCUCACAAAGUUGAAGUCUUCAGUAAGUUUGUUUCCAAACUAGAAAACGAGCAAUGUGAAGCGGUGAAGUGAAUCUUCAUAUACCUUGGAGACAAUGUUGAUACGAGGAGGCCUACUUCUCAAUACCUGAUUACUUUAUCAAGGGAAGCAGUAUGGUGGUAGUCAAGACUACAAAAGUUUGUAGCUCCUUCCAUACUAGAGGCUGAGUAUAUUGAAACAACAAAAGCGUAUGUGGAGAUGUUAUGGGUGAAGAAGUUCUUGAAAGAACUUGGGUUCCAAAAGAAACAAAUGCAGUUGAUCUGUGAUAGACAGAGUUUGAGUUCUACAGAUCAGCAGCAAAGAUGAGGAAAUCUCUCAUUUAGUCGGGCGAGAGAGAAUUGUUGGGCCGAACAAUUAUGAGAGUCAGGAGGCGUUAGAGAAUGCAGUGUUGGUGAUGAUAAUUGAAUAAAAUAAUAAUAAUUAA